UGGAGGUUUCUUUUCGUGCUGCCUCUUCCUUCCGACAAGCUAGUUUCGCGAUUUCUUUGUGUGGUUAUUGGGCUAAAAAUAUAGCGCACUUUCGGUGAAUAUUGUCGUGUGCUGUUUGCUCGGCGAAUAAGUAAACCGGCUGCGCCGAAAACAACCCAGAAGAAACACCCGGAAGGUGGUAGCCUAGCUUCUCGAAUCCAGCUGGCCUCGACAAGAUCGACCAAGACAGCACAGGGAUCUUAUAAGAGUGUUGCACAACUGACAACACGGCGUAACGAGUACUGCAGCGUGCAAGGGUAAAACGAACUCAAAACUACGUUAGAACACAGUACGAUCGCAGUUUGUAGAGUCCAACCUUCGCGGGUGGUAAAGUUGAAAACAUACAAACCCACACACUGAUACGAGAACGGUUAGACUGACUAGUGCAUUACUGCUGCAUUUGUGCAUUGUUGUUCAAGUGAUCGGACCAUUCAGAACGUGAGCUGGAUGUUUGUUUACUCUUUGGUGCUAUAUCGAUUAGGUCGCCGAAAGUGAAGAGUAAGAUAUCGUGUGGCCUCGGUAGCGCGUUGUUACUCUUCUAGCAACGAUUUGAAGUGAUGAUUAUGUUAUAAAGACAUUAAGGUUUUAUGUAGUAUAACAUCUUGUACAGUGAACCUGAUCUUACUUUGCCAAUCGAACCUUCAAUGGAAAAGCAGUGUUGUGAAGUGAAAUCGUGCUAAGGAAAAUGAAAAAAGUGGAACAAAGGUGUCGGUUAGUGUGAGCUUAGUUACGUCUUAGUUUUGCCGCUCUUUGCCCGUAUAUCCAAUGCCAGUGCCAAUGAUCUUGCAAUAAUAUACGUACGACAUUUACGAAACAAGUUGAUCACUAGUUAGUGGGUGCAAAUAUUGAAAUAGUUAACAUGAUGUCUGCGUUAAGCCACCAGGUGAACAUGAACAAUUUUCUGUCGCUCCUGGUGGGCGCCUCUUUAGUCGCGGCAAAUUCAUCUCCGAGCCACGAUAUAGCUUCUCUGUCACAGCCAACCGAGUUCAGUAAUGGAGUUUCAUCGUUUGCUUUGCCGGCAGAAGAUCGAAUGGCCAUUGAGAGCUCCACGCUGGCCUAUCUAAACUAUAGCUUUACAGGGCCGGAUGGGCACUUGAUAGAGUUCGGCAGCGAAAGCGCAAAGUAUGGUGAAGGACGAGUUUUGAAUCGAAGUGGACUAUUGGUGCACAUCAGCAACAGUGCUAACCAUUCAGACCAUACCGGAUGUUCGAAGCAAUGGUCCGGUACGCUCGGUGGAACAAUUCCGGAGCGCGAUGCACCCUGGAUUGCACUAGUACGUCGUGGUAGUUGUAAUUUCGAAGACAAGGUUAAACAUGCAUACGAGCGCGGUGCUGCAGGGAUCAUUAUCUAUAAUGAUAAGAAUGAUACAAAGUUGGAAAAAAUGAAGAUCAACGAUAAAGAGCGAAACAUUACUGCAGUCUUCACCACCAAUGCAAUGGGGCGUGAGCUUAUUGAAAUUUUGGAAGUUCAUAGAUCCGUUGUGCAAAUGCGCAUAAUUGAAGGAUCUCGUCAGUUCCGCAACCUAGGAAACAUUAAUCGAACGUCUGUGCUGUUUGUUUCAAUUUCAUUCAUUGUACUAAUGAUAAUUUCCCUGGUUUGGUUAGUAUUUUACUAUGUGCAACGGUUCCGGUAUUUGCAAACCAAAGACAAACAAUCAAAACGACUCUGCAGUGUCGCAAAGCGGAUUAUAGCAAAAAUCCCUACCAAGAGUAUUAAAUCAGAUGACAAGGAAAUCGAUAAUGAUUGCUGUGCCAUCUGCAUCGAACCGUAUAAAGUAACUGAUGUUAUACGUGUUCUGCCGUGCAAGCACGAGUUCCAUAAGGUCUGCAUAGAUCCAUGGCUACUUGAGCAUCGUACCUGCCCAAUGUGCAAAAUGGACAUUCUGAAGCAUUAUGGCUUUGUGUUUACGGGUAGUCAAGAAAGUAUUCUUCAACUAGACAUGGACAUGGAAGAAGGAGAUCUUAUUGACGACAGAAGCAGCACGGAUGGAGGAUAUCAAAGACGUAACAGUGUCAGUCCUUUACCUCAAAUAAGAGCCUCGAAUGAAAAUCAGAUAUCACGCAGUUCUUCUGAUUCAGAUUCCGAACAAGAACAGUCAUCGCCUGGUCGACGUUCGGCUCAAGCACGAAUUAAGCGUGAUAGCCAACAAAAUCAUGAUGAGAUGAUACCGCAGGACGGCGACAUUUGUGUAGGCUGUCUUGCAGCAGCGUUAAACAGGAAACAGAAAAACAAUGAUACCUGUGCUAUUACAGACGAUGUGGACAGUGAUUCUUACGCCGCUGAGACAAACGGUUCCAAAAGUCUACCAGCAACACUAAAAAAAUACAAGGGUAACCAUUCAACCGGAUCUUGUCGCGGUAUGAAUCCUCCAGACCAUUAUCAUCCGUAUCCUCAUAGUAACAACCGUGGCAGCAAAGAUUACCAGACUCAAGAUUCGCAACAAUCCGCUCGUGAUGAUGCAAACGCGCCACAUUCAUCGAAAAUUUCAUUCAAGUUUUAUAAAACUGAUCGCGGUCAGCCACGUAAAACACGAACACCGCUCCGCAACUUAAUUCCUCAAUCGAUUUCAGCACCCUGUGAUACUGACAGCUCGUUGCGCGUAUGCAUCCAUAGCAGCCCAGAGCAGCUUUCAAAAGAGGCUUCUACAUCCAAGUUGGAUGCAAUGGAAUCCAACAACAAAUAG